AGAACAAGAAGUGAAUACUUCUUUUUUUCACUGUAAUAAAUAUUAUGUUGCUGUGAAGAUCGAAAUAAUCCUGGAUUUACCACUUUUAGCCAAAGAAUUUGCGCUCGACUGAAAUAUAAGCAUUACGAUUUAAGAUUAGGUAAUGUAAACCAUAGAGAAGUGUUUGUUGUUGUGCAAGCUGGUAAAGAAGCUAAUAUUGAGUUUUAUCAAUAAUCAAUAAAAAUGGCACGUCAACGUAAUAAUUCUAAUGCUGCCGGCAGUUCAAACAAAUCGAAUAAAUCCAGUAAUCAUAGCACGCCUACAGAGAAUUCUGGAUCGUCGCAUAGCACGAAGUUAAGUAAUAGUGGCAGUGGCAGUCGAGCUAGUACUACUGGUUCAAGUACCACUUCGCAAAUCGGCAACGAAAAGCAAAAGUCCAGAAAUCAUAAAAAGAAAGCUACUUUCAAUUUAUCCUCGAAAUUGAUUUUAGAUAAAUGGAAAACAUUAAUUGGUUGUGUCUGCUUGGCAGUGGCUUCAUACUUUGGCUACUUAGGUUAUUUAGAAACACGGGUUAAUACGCCUUUCGAUAAUCAAAAGAUGGUUACACGAGCCGGUUUAGACAGUCCUGAACUAUAUUGGGGUUCUUAUAGGCCUCUAAAUUACUUUGGUUUAAAGACAAGAGACCCGCAUGCAUUGGUAACGGGUUUAAUGUGGUAUGCACCUUCCAAUUUAGGCCAUGGUGGCAAGGGUAUUCGACAUUGGUGUGACAUGGCUGAUAAUUUGGAUAAAUAUGGUUGGACUCAUCAUGACGGUCGUAAUUUUGGUAUACAAGAAAUUCACGAUUUACCUUUUGAAAUAAAAACAUCAUUCAUAAAAUAUACGACGGGCAAGCAAUUUGGUGGCGAUUGGACUGCUAGAAUAUCUGUUAAGAACACUUCCAAGGCUUGGGAUCGAUCAAUAUCAUUGAUAUGGUAUGUGGCCUUAGAUGAAAGAACUAAUGGCCGCAUUAAUUACAUAUCAGAUGAUAAAAGUCCAGAAUCUGGAGUUUAUGGUGAAACAUUGGGAACAGGAGAAUUUCAAUUGCGCUUUCACCCGAUUAAAGGAAAAAUCUUGCACAAAUCAUAUCUAAGCACCAUAGCGCCGUCUUUGAGCAAAUUAAAAGAAACUGUUUUCACACAUUUUCGUGUUUUUACCGACAAGAAAGGGCAACGUUAUGUAGGCUUGCCAGGCGAAAUGAUAUCGCACAAUGGCAAUAUAGCUUUGGAUCCGAAUUUCAUAGCCAUACAAAUCACGGCUGAAGUCAACUUCACUCUCGAUAUAAGUUAUCAAUCAAUAUCGGGAUUUUCACUCAACAAGCUUGUGCCAAAGCCACUGACAGGCAGAGACUUCACUAGUUCGUUGCAAGAUCAUGUUUUAGCAUUUGAUAAGCGUUUUGAGGAUACUUUCAAUUUAAAAGUUCGUGGUUUCUCUGCCGAUGAGAUCAAUUUUGCCAAAUAUGCCGUUAGUAAUAUGCUGGGAGGAAUUGGUUAUUUUUAUGGUGCUAGUAAAGUGAAGUCCGUGCAUACAUCCAAAGCAGUGCCUUAUUGGAAAUCUGCUUUAUACACGGCUGUGCCUUCGCGUUCGUUUUUCCCACGCGGCUUUCUUUGGGAUGAAGGCUUCCAUGGUUUACUAUUGUCAUCAUGGGACAUUGACAUUGAACUAGACAUUAUGAGUCACUGGUUUGAUUUGCUGAACAUCGAAGGCUGGAUACCCAGAGAACAGAUACUCGGAGUGGAGGCUAUGGCUAAAGUGCCAGAAGAAUUUGUAAUUCAGCAUAAUUUAAACGCGAAUCCGCCCACAUUUUUCUUAGUCUUGAAAAAACUAUUAAAACAUCAUAAGGUAGAAUUAGGUGAAAAUAGGCGUCUAGACGUUUUGGAGAGAUUAUAUCCACGAUUGCAAGCAUGGUUUUCGUGGUAUAACAUUACUCAGAAAGGCGACGAACCUGGUGCAUAUCAAUGGCGUGGUCGCGAUCCAAAUACCGAAAGUGAAUUGAAUCCGAAAACCUUAACAUCAGGAUUGGACGAUUUUCCAAGAGCUUCCCAUCCAACAAACCGAGAAAGGCAUAUCGAUAUUCGAUGUUGGAUAGCCUUUGCGUCUGGUGUGAUGGCCGAACUUUCUACUUUGUUAGGCAAAGAUGACAUUAAAUAUUACGAAACAGCCAGUUUCCUUCAAAACAAUAAACUUUUGAAUAAUCAACACUUAAGCCCAUAUACUGGUAACUAUGCCGAUUGGGGUUUGCAUACAGAUUCAGUGGUCUUGAAAAGACCACAAUUGACGCAGAAAAAUUUGCAGCGUGUACAGCAACAGCAUCAACCCCUUGAAAUGGUAAGAAUUAUCCUAAAGCAACCCGAUUACAGAUACGUAGACAGCAAUUUCGGCUAUGUUAACAUAUUCCCAUUUCUCUUGGAAAUAUUGGAUCACGAUUCAAUUUAUUUGGAGAAGUUAAUGCGAAACAUUAGAGAUUCCGAAAUGUUGUGGACUAAAUACGGAUUGCGAUCAUUAGCGAAAACGUCGCCACUAUAUCAGAAACGCAAUACCGAACACGAUCCGCCAUAUUGGCGUGGAGCCAUCUGGGUUAAUAUAAAUUAUUUAGCUUUAAGGGCUUUAAGACAUUAUGGUACCAUCGAAGGGCCGUACGCAGCUUAUGCACGUGAAAUUUACACCGAACUACGCGAAAAUUUAAUAGAAAACAUUUUCAAAGAAUAUCGACGUACAGGAUACUUAUGGGAGCAAUACGAUGACAUAACCGGACAGGGUAAGGGUUGUUACCCCUUCACCGGCUGGAGCUCAUUGAUUGUAUUGAUCAUGUCGGAAAAAUAUUAAAAUGCAUGUAUCCAAUGGUAGACAUUAGCUGUAUAUAUAUAUAUGUUUGUUUUAUUAAAGUAUUUACACUUAGUUGUAGGUUUAUAAAACAAUAAUUUUAACGAUACUUAGCUACAAGAUUAACACAGUUAAGAAAAAAGAGAAGACAAAGCAUUUUAUUUCCUGUUUUAGAUAAAUGUUUCGCAAUAAAGAGAAUUGUGUGAAUUUCUUUUUUUAAUAAA